AUGGGCGCAAACGAAAGUGUUAGUAUUAGAAUAAAUUUUAAUCGAUCAAAUCGUUUUUAUUUUACUGGUGAACAAGUAUCCGGUAAUAUUUCAAUUGAUAAUCUACGUGAAAAAGUAAAAUUAGAUGAAAUUUUUAUUGAGCUUGUUGGUGAACUUGGUUAUACAACACAAGAAACACGUACGAAAAAUGAUACAAAUGGUAAAUCAACUUCAGAAAAUUACACAUCUUAUCAUCAUAUACCAUUCUUAACUACACGUUUACCUUUAGUUCAAUCUCAUCAUGUACAAGAUCAAAUGAUUCUUUCUCGUGGACAUUAUACAUGGCCAUUUGAAUUUACUCUUCCUGAAUCUUUACCUCCAACAACACAACCUAAUCUAACAGUAUAUCCUAAUGUAAGAUAUCUUAUACGAAUUGUUCUUGAUAAACCAUGGUAUAAAUUUAAUCAAACACAAGCAUAUCUUUUUACAGUUUGUCCAAAGAUAAAUCUUUCUUAUCAAACAAUUCAUUUUAAUAAACAAAAUCGAAAACAAUUACAAUUUGAAGGUUGUCUUUUACGUAAUGGAAUUAUUCCUGGUCAAUCGUUUUCAAUUCAAAUUAAACUUCAAAAUCCUGAACGUACGAAAAUUAAACGAAUUGAAGUGGCAUUUAUUCAACAUCGACAGACUUCUGUAGAUCGUCAUAAAGAAAUUAUUUUAUCUGCUGAUUUACCUGGUUUUUAUGAAUUUGAUGGUGCUAGUUUAGAACAAACUUUUGAAUUACCUUUAUCAAAUGAUUAUAUUGCACCGACAUAUUCAUUUGAAACAUCAUGGCAUAAUCAUCCAUAUCGUCUUAUUAUUGAAUAUGAAUUAAUAUUAACUAUAAAACCUCAUGGGUUUUUUACUAAAUUUGAUGUAAGUGUUCCAGUUAUUGUUGGUACACAAUCGAAUCAUGAAAAUCAAAUACAAGAAAAAUAUGAUGAGAAAAAUACAUAUCAAAUGGUCGAUGAAUUAGAACCACCACCAAGUUAUGAAUCAAUCGUUAAUACUAAAUAA